CUCGACCGUUCGAUCUCGAUCUAUCACCUGAUCCAACGGGCGAAGAAUCGCAUGAGCAUGAGUUGAUGCUACUACUACGAUGAAUGGUUUUAAACGCAUCCAAUGGCGACGGGCUCUUCCUCCGCCGGGGAGUCCGCCACCCGUCUCAACCUCUCUCUUUCUAUUUCUACUUCCCUUUCCUUUACUGGCUUCGUCUCCCACCGCUCCUUCCCUUCACUCGCCUUUUUGGCCUCUUAUAAGUAGCGGGCGCCCCUUCUCCGACUCGGCCUUGGAGUUCGGCGUAUGUCGUCUCUGAGUUGCUGCGUCCCUCGUCGCCUCGUCUCCACUGAGAUCAAGCAUCGAAAGCACUCGCAAAGGUGCCUCCUUUCUCCGCCUUCUGCUUCCAAAGGCGAGGUCUCGUCGGUCUCUGCCCGCCAAAACGACCAUCUUUUUGUUGAUUGAUUGAAGAGAGAGAUGAGUCUUAAAGGAUUCGUGGAGGGAGGCAUCGCGGCCGUCGUCGCCGGGUGCAGCACCCACCCGCUGGACCUCAUCAAGGUCCGAAUGCAGCUGCAGGGAGAGACACUCGGCCCCGCCGUCGCGUUCCAGAGCGGCGCCGGAGCCGCCUCCCUUCCGCAUCGCCCGGCCGUGACGACGCCUCCGCCCAAGCGCCUCGGGCCGAUAGCGGUGGGCACGCAGAUCCUGCGGUCCGAGGGCGUCGCUGCCCUGUUCACCGGUGUCUCCGCCACUAUGCUCCGCCAGUCGCUCUACUCCACCACCCGGCUUGGCCUCUACGACGUGCUGAAGAAGAAGUGGUCUCCUGCCGGCGACGGCGCCUCCCUUCCGAUCCAUUUAAAGGUGGCCGCGGGCCUCUUUGCGGGCGGGGUGGGCGCCGCCGUCGGGAACCCAGCGGACGUGGCCAUGGUCCGGAUGCAAGCCGACGGGCGGCUUCCCCCAGCGGAGCGCCGAAACUACCGGAGCGUUCUGGACGCUAUCCAGCGGAUGGCGCGGCAGGAGGGGGUGGGCAGCCUGUGGCGGGGGUCGUCUCUGACGGUGAACCGGGCGAUGAUCGUGACUGCGUCGCAGCUGGCGACGUACGACCAGGCGAAGGAGGCGAUCCUGCGGCGGCGCGGGGCGGGGGCGGACGGGCUAGGGACGCACGUGGCGGCGAGCCUGGUCGCGGGGUUGGUGGCGUCGGCGGCGUCGAACCCGGUAGAUGUGGUGAAGACGCGGGUGAUGAACAUGAAGGUGGAGGCGGGGACCCAGCCGCCAUACGCCGGGGCGGCGGACUGUGCCCUGAAGACGGUGAGGGCGGAGGGACCGAUGGCGCUCUUCAAGGGCUUCGUCCCCACCGUGUCUCGCCAGGGCCCGUACACCGUCGUUCUUUUCAUCACCCUCGAGCAGAUCCGCAAACUCCUCGAGGACUUCUAAGCUCUCCUCACUGCCCUCCGAUCUCGAUCGAAUGGACAACAUAGCAUACGAACCAUAACACAUGACGAUGAUGAUGAUUAAAAUGAUGUUUUCGUUACUGGUCUAUAGUUUGGUAGAAUUAGUUCUAUUUUGGUGCCUUUGAAUCCGUAAUGAAUCAUUAAUUACCAUU